UAUUGAACCGUUGUUUUGAGGGAAUCUGCUGCUCUUUUACAGUUUUUAUAUUGCAUUUGACUUUUUAAAGCUUAAAUAAGCCACGCUUACAGUAAAAAGGCAAAUAAAGUUAAUACUCGCGCGGUAACAAUGAAGCUGGCGGACAUUAAAAAGUUAAAAGUGGCCGAUCUGCGGUCCAGACUUAAAGAGCUGGGGCUGGAGAGCUGCGGGCUGAAGGCUGAGCUGGUGGAGCGGCUGUGGUCCGCAGCGGAGGGGGGACACAGCGGGAGAGACGGUGAAAGAGAAAAAGUGAAGCUACAGGACAACUCACCUACACCUCCAGUACGGAUGGAGCCAGUAGAUGUCCAUCCUCCAUCCGCAGAGGCUGGUGUUACUGGGCGACAUGAAGUAGACCGCGCCUACACGGACAUGGCCACACAGACUGAGCCUGAGCCUGAUCCGACUGCACCACAGCCCGGCUCUGAGGCUGCUGCCACUGCCUUCCCUUCAGAGGGAGCAGAACAGGGGCAUGCGGAAGGUCCUGGAGAAGAGGACAUGGGCAGAGGAAGAUCCUUCUACGAGUUCAAAGAGGAGAUACGAUACAAGAGGGCUAAAUCACCACAGCUCCCUCUGGAGAGGAGUGAGGCAGAGGAACAAGAUGAAGAUAAAGUCAGAUUAGAUCCAUAUGGCUCUCACCUGCACUUCGAGGUGGGUCCUGAUGGAUCCUGUGGGCAGCCGCGAUUCUGGGCUCGGUUCCCCUUGCUGUGGUCAGGCUGCAGGCUCACCCAUGGGGUGCAGCAGGGCAGGGUGGGCUUUGAGGUGAGGCUGGAGAGGAAACUGUUGAGUAUACAGCCAGAUGACCAACAAGCAAGGGAGUUGUACGGACUGAGAGUUGGCUGGUCAGUGGCUGACUCCACUUUGCUGCUGGGUGAGGAUAAACUCUCUUUUGCUUAUGAUGGACGUGGUAAAAAAGUGUCAGCUGGACAGGAAGAGGAAUUUGGAGAGCCUUUUUCAGAAGGGGAUAUCAUUGGCUGUUAUGCUUCUUUCUCCUCAGACAGUGCCGUUGAGCUCUCCUUCCAUAAAAACGGACGUUUCAUGGGCGUGGCCUUCUCCGUGGGGGCAUCUGUGCUGCUGGGUCGUACUUUGUUCCCUCAUGUCCUCUGUAAGAGCUGUUCGGUCAGAUUGCUCCUGGACCCCGCAGCUCAACCCUGGUACCCCGGCCCUCCAGGGUUCACACCAUUGGCCACUCUUCCUGCUGGACAGAGGAUGCGCUCCACAGCAGCUCUGGCUUCCAGGGCACAGUGUGAGGUGGUGCUGAUGGUGGGUCUUCCUGGUUCUGGGAAGAGCGUAUGGGCAAGGAAUUACAUGAAGCAGCAUCCAGAGAAACAGCACAGACUGCUGGGAACAGAGGAGCUGCUCACGUGUAUGAUUAGUGGUGGGGAGACGGACAGCAGGCUGCAGCAGGCCUCUCAGUGUCUAACUGAAAUGAUCAAGAUGGCUGCUAAGACUCAUGGAAACUACAUCCUCGACCAGUGCAACAUCCUCUUCUCUGCACUCCGUCACAAGCUGCGACUGUUCACAGGCUUCAGGCGCCGGGUGGUGGUGGUGUUUCCUUCUGCGGACGAGUGGAAAAGACGACUGUCGCAGCACCAGACGAGAGACGGGGAGCACAUCCCAGAGACUGCCCUGCUCAAAUUACAAGUGAGCUGCAGUCUUCCAGAGCAGCAGGACGACCUUCUGGAGGAGUUGCAGUAUGUUGAGCUGCCGCAGGAAGACGCACUAAAGCUCCUGCAGGAGUACAAAGACGAGGCCCGCAGACUGCUGCCCCCCAUCCCCAAACAAAAGAAGGGACGGCGACUUUACAGGAAAAGACUCCGCCCACCUUACAGCAUUCCACUCUCUCACAGGAUCAGCAUAGAGAAAUGGAGUCAGCAGCCAAGAUAUGCACUGGAGUGUGCCUUAUCAGGACCAGGGAUACUACUACAAUGUGUACGAGAGCUACUCGUGAAGAAACCUGGAGGAAGAGGACUCAGAUGCCAAUGCUACAUUUACACAACAUCAACAACAACAAUGCUGCUGAUGUCAGGUUUUACUAUAUAGAGCUUCAGAUUCCCUGCUCAAAGAUAAUCAGAAUCAUAGUUUAUAAUAUCUUUUAUGAAAAGACAUGGAGACUCUUUAGGUUUUUAUCCAAAAUAUUUUAAUAAGUUUGUACUUGUUAUUACUGUACAGUGUACCAAUGAUAAUUUAUACAGCAUUGAAUUAUGAGUAAUUUGUAAAUAAAUCCCCAAACUUUGAUCAACCUGUCCCUUUGUGCACCUAUGUUGGUGUGAGCUCGGCAUCGCCCUGUCCACUCCGGUCUGACGCUACAUCGGGUUUCACUGUCUGAUAAAGCAGCACAGCUCCUUUAGCUGAUGGACACAACUCUGACCACAGAGGGCUGCUUUUGUCCAGCUGCAAAACCUCCUACAAUAUGCAAAAUAUAUAACAAUACUCAGUACAUUGAGAUGCUUCUAAUCACUCCAUGUGAUGACUGUACUUUGCUCCUUAAUACAAGAAGUUCAUUCUGGUGUCGCUCUGCAGACAUUUAUACAUCUGUAACUGCUCACCGUUCUGCUGACAAAGAUGACCUCUGUGGAUUCACUGGCCUCCACUCCUCCUUUCGAGUACAACUUUCUCACUUCAUCAGAACUCAAACAGCAACUGAAAGCACACAGAUAAAAAUGUACAUCUUUACAGCACCAUUCAAAGCUAACUUAUUUCACAAUGUUUGAUUUAGCAUUGUGUGCAGAUUUAACCUCAACUGUACAAAUCUGGUUAAAUAAGUUGAGACUUAAUUUAACAGUGACUUCAACGUUGGACUUUUGUCAUGACACUUUUUUUUGUAGGUUUACUAUUGUGAUGUUAUCUUUAUCGCUGCUGCUCAGCUUUAUUAGUUCUGCCUUUGCUUUUAGUCUUUCACUAGUAUGCAUUAUUUAUUCUAUUUAUUUUCUGCUUUGUAUCUAAUCUUUUUUCUUGUUUUAACUCUGCUAACUUUACUUAACUCUUGCCCUAAUAUUUAACUUUCAUAACGGACAGUAACACAGUUGUUACAACACUGAACUGCUGACUUUCUUAACUCCAAGAAAACUAUUCAUAAUAAGAAAUAGAUAUAUUUCCAGACUAUAUGUUUAAGAAAUCCUGAGACAUCAGUUACUAAUUAUUGUAGGGUCUAUUAUUGUAGGGUCUUUACCCACAAUACAAAGCGCCUUGAGGCGACAGUUUGUUGUGAUUUGGCGCUAUAUAAAUAAAAUUGAAUUGAAUUGAA